AUGCCUGGUGCCGUCGAGGCCACUACCACGAAGUCCUCUACGAACGGCAAGCGCCCUGCUGCGUCCUCGAAGAAGACCAUCGAGUCCGACGAGGAGGACGACGACGACGACGACGAAGCCCCUUUGGCAAAACCGAAGCGUGCCACCAACGGGAAAGCGAAGGCUGCGACGAAGUCGAAGUCUAAGGGACGCCCAGCGAAGAAGGUGAAGCAGGAGGUCGAGUCCGACUUCGACAUCGAGUCCGAGGAUGAUGCCCCGCCACCCCUGAAGAAGGCUCCGGUGAAGCGGAAAGCGAAGGCUGAAAGUGACUCGGACGACGACAAGCCUUUGCAGAAGAAGCGGGCACCUGCUAAGAAAGCGGGUGCUUCCUCCACCUCGAAGAAAGUCAAGGCAGUGCCGGCCGACGGUGUCAAGCCUAAGAAGCGGGGCGCCAAGAAGGAAGAAUCGAUGGACGCGACACCGAUCAAGGGCAGGGCGAAGAAGGAGGAAGAGGAAGAGGACACCUACAAGUGGUGGGAGCAGCAGAACGAGGAGCGGGAUGGGUCUGUCAAGUGGGAGACGUUGGAACACAACGGCGUCUACUUCCCCCCUCCGUACGUUCCCCUCCCCAGUCAUGUCAAGAUGAAAUACAAUGCUCAGGAUGUCGAUCUUCCUCCGGAGUCCGAGGAGGUAGCUGGCUUUUACGGCGCAAUGAUUGAGACAGAUCAUGCGAAAGACGUGACCUUCAAUAAUAACUUUUUCGACGACUUCAUCAAUGUGUUGAAGAAGUACCCUCCAAGGAACGGUGUGAAGAUACAGAAGUUCAGCCUGUGCGACUUCCGACCUAUGUACGAAUACUUCGAGUCGGAGAAGGAGAAGAAGAAGAGUCUAUCCGCCGCCGACAAGAAAGCGGCCAAGGCAGCAAAGGACGAGCUCGAAGCUCCUUACACUCACUGUGUGCUAGAUGGUCGCAAGGAGAAGAUUGGUAACUUCCGCGUUGAACCCCCCGGCCUUUUCCGUGGACGAGGAGAUCAUCCUAAGAAGGGUGCAUUGAAGCUACGUGUGCGUCCCGAGGACAUUACCAUCAACAUCGGCAAGAACGCCCCUACACCUGUUCCCAAUGUUUCGGGGAAGUGGAAGGAAGUUGUCCAUGACAACACGGUUACCUGGUUGGCCAAUUGGAUUGAGAACGUCAACGGCAACUACAAGUAUGUCUUCUUGGCGGCAGGCAGUUCGAUCAAGGGUCAGAGCGAUUGGUCAAAGUUUGAAAAGGCGCGAGAGCUCCAGAAACACGUUGACCGGAUUCGCAUGGACUACAACAGAGACUUGAAGAGCAAGCAAUCCGCCGAUCGCCAGCGAGCCACCGCCAUGUACUUCAUCGACAAGCUCGCACUCAGAGCCGGCAACGAGAAAGGUGACGACGAAGCUGACACUUUUGGCUGUUGCUCUUUGCGUUGUGAACACGUUUCCUUGGAGCCCCCGGACAAAAUUGUCUUCGACUUCCUCGGUAAAGACUCGAUUCGGUACUACAACACGGUUACGGUGGAGGAGCAGGUGUUCAAGAACAUAAGAAUCUUCAAGAAGGGCAAGGACGACGGAGACGAACUCUUCGAUCGAGUUCAGACUACGGGUCUCAACAAACACCUGGCUUCGUACAUGAAGGGUCUAACUGCGAAGGUGUUCCGUACCUUCAAUGCAUCCAUCACCUUCCAGAAACAGCUUGACGAGCUCACUCCCAGUAAGGGUACGAUGCAAGAGAAGCUGAAUGCAUACAACCAGGCCAACCGCAUGGUGGCCGUCCUGUGUAACCAUCAGCGCGCUGUCCCGAAGACGCACGAGCAAUCCAUGUCGAAGAUGCGCGACAAGCUGAUUGGACUCAAAUACGAGCGCAUGAAGCUUCGUCACGCCUUAUUCGCCAUCGACGCCAAGUACAAGAAGAACAAAAUGUACGUCGAUGAUGAAUCAGACUUCGACGACGAGAUUAUCGCCACGCACGAGGACACCAUGAAGACUAAGGAGCUUGAGAAGGUGGAGAAGAAGUUCCUGAAGGACAAUGAGAAGCUGGCGGAGGAGGGCAAGGAGUUGCAGCCUGACUCGCUUCUGAAGGAGAAGAUCAAGGAAGUCGAGGCUGAACACAAGCGACUUGUGAAGGAACGAGGCACCAAGAAGCAUACCCUGAAGAAGGAUAGGUCGACCGACAAGAUCGAGGAGGCGAUUGCGAAGCUGGACGAGCGGAUCAAGACGUUCAAGCUCCAAAUGGAGGAUAAGGAAGCCGGUAAGGAAGUUGCGUUGGGAACGAGUAAAAUCAACUACUUGGAUCCCAGACUCACAGUGGCCUGGUGCAAAGCCAACGGCGUUCCUGUCGAGAAGCUCUUCUCGAAGACCCUCGUCACCAAGUUCCCAUGGGCCAUGGAGGUCGACUCGGACUGGAGAUUCUGA